AUGGCCAAAAACUCUGGAUCUAAUGCCGAAAGGUCAGAAGACACAAGAUUCUCCAGUGUUCACAGUGAUCCCAAGUUCAGAGAAACAAAAGCCAAAAAAUUCAAGAUCAAGCUCGAUGAUAGAUUCAGCGAACAAGACCUGGAGUUCAAGCGUAAAGCAAAGGUGGACAAGUACGGCCGCCGUUUGAAGGGUCAGAACGAUAAAGAGAAACAAGAUUUCGAGAAGUAUUACGAAAAAGACACGCCCAAGAAACCCGAACAGAGCAGCGAUGAAGAAGAGGAGAGUAGCGAUGAUAAAGAAGAUCAGGAUGAAGUGGCAGUUUCCGCCAAAAAAAUCAGUCUAGACAGGGCCCGUGGUGAAGUGCCUAGUGAUUAUGUGUCAUCUUCGGAUGAGGAUUCGUCAUCCUCUGAAUCUGAACCAGAUUCGGGUGACAGCGAUCUAGAAAGCGACGAGUCCGAGAUCGAACUCGAAGACAAAAAGCCCGACUCAGGUGAAAGCAGCAAAACUUUGGCUGUGGUAAACCUGGACUGGGAUCAUGUCAAGUCUGAGGAUCUGAUGAUCACAUUCGCGAGUUUCGUUCCCAAAGGUGGGAAAAUCAAGAAAAUCGCCAUCUACCCCAGUGAAUUCGGCAAAGAGAGACUAAACCGUGAACAAGUCGAAGGUCCUCCCAGAGAAAUUUUUGCCAGCAAGAAAAAGAGCAAGAAGAGCAGCCAGGACGAUGACAGUGACUCGGACUUGGAUGUGAAAGAUCUGUAUGAAGAAGGUGAUGCAGAGGACUACGAUGCCAAGUCAUUGCGUCGUUACCAGCUAGAAAGGCUCAGAUACUAUUACGCCGUAGUUUAUUGCUCAAGCAUUGAAACCGCAGAAUCUAUAUACAAAAACUGUGAUGGCACAGAGUUCGAAUCCACUGCAAACAUGUUCGAUCUCAGAUAUGUUCCCGAUGGAAUGGAUUUUGACGACGAGGCAAGAGACGAGUGCACAGAGCUGCCUAAAAACUACAGACCUGCGCAAUUCAGCACUGAUGCACUACAACACUCGAAGGUAAAGCUGACGUGGGAUGAAACGCCUGCGGACCGUGUUUCUAUGGCCAAAAGAGCUUUCAGCCAAAAGGAAAUCGAUGAAAUGGAUUUCAAGGCAUAUCUGGCUUCCGAUAGCGAGGAGUCUGAUCAAGAAGAGAAUCAUAACUUGAAGGAUAAACUCAAAGCACUUGCAAAUCAAUCCGCCCAAGUUGGCGACCGGUCUCUCUUCGAUGAGAAACCAAAUGAAGGUGAAAGUGACGUGGACAUGCAGAUCACAUUCGCGCCGGGAUUGGCUGAGAGAAAUGAGGAGACAAGAGGCAGUGGUGACGAGAAAACAGAGGAAACUACAGUAGAAAAAAUCAGACGCAAGGAGAAGGAGCGCAGAAAGAUGCGCAAAGAACGUAUCAAAGAGUUGAAGAAGCAAACGGAGGAGGAAAAGAAGCAAAAGCUGAAGGAGUCAAGAGGCAAAAAGACUUUUCAGACGGACAAUGCCGGCGAUGCCAAGUCAGCUGCUGAGUUAGAACUGUUAAUGAUGGAAGAUGAAAGUGCUGAUGGUGAGCGUGGAAUCAACAAAAAAGCCCAUUUCAACAUGAAUGAAAUCAUGAGAUCGGAGAAAGAAAAGAGCAAGAAGUCUAAGUUUCAGGACAAACGCAAGAUUACUGACGAUGAGUUCAAACCUGAUCUCAAUGACCCUCGUUUCAGCGAAGUCUUUGAGGACCACGAUUUCGCGAUUGAUCCUUCUCAGCCUGAAUUUAAACAAACGCCUGCAAUGAAGCAAAUACUACAGGAGAGAAACAAACGAUCCCACAAGAAUAAGAACAAGAAGAGAAGUGCCGCUGAAACCGAUUCGUCUGGUAAAGAUGCAGAUGUCAAAGGACUGGUAAGCAAGAUCAAGAGAUCAGCGCAAAAGAAUAAGAAAUUCAAGAAAAACACUUAG